AUGGAUGAGAGAGGAGUGGCUACGUGGCAGGAAGAGUUAGCGAGUCUCGUCGACGCCGGAUUACGGUACGACGGAGCUCCGAUUGAUUCGACGGUGGAUAAAAAGAGAUCGGGGUUUUUGUCGGUGGAUGGAUCCGGAUCCGAACCGAGAGAGACAUUGAAAGAUCAAGUGACUGGGUUUAUGAAAUCAUGGGGAGAGAUGCUUGUGGAGUUAGCGAAAGGUUGCAAGGAUAUAGUGAAGCAGACGGUGGUUACUGAGGACUCAUUCGUCGUGAGGAAGCUAAGGAAACCGGCGAAGAAGCUUAGCUUUAUGAAUGACUACUUACCUGAGGAUCGUGAUCCGAUUCACGCUUGGCCUGUGAUUUUCUUUGUCUUCCUCUUAGCACUUGCAGCAUUAAGCUUUAGUCCAGAGCAGGAUAAACCAGUGACAGUGAUAAAGAAACUGCGUUUACAUCCUACUGGCGCAACCCGUGUACAGCUUCCAGAUGGUAGAUAUAUAGCUUACCAAGAGCUAGGUGUUUCAGCAGACAGAGCAAGAUACUCAUUAGUUAUGCCUCAUUCUUUUCUCUCCUCAAGACUUGCAGGCAUACCUGGAGUGAAGAAAUCAUUGCUUGUGGAGUAUGGUGUUCGUUUAGUGUCAUAUGAUCUCCCAGGGUUUGGUGAGAGUGACCCUCAUCGAAGUCGAAACCUUAGCUCAUCUGCCUCGGAUAUGAUUAACCUUGCAGCUGCUAUCGGAAUUGAUAAGAAAUUCUGGUUACUUGGCUACUCUACUGGUAGUAUGCACGCAUGGGCUGCAAUGAAAUACUUCCCUGAGAAAAUUGCCGGAGCAGCAAUGGUGGCUCCAAUGAUCAAUCCAUAUGAGCAAAGCAUGAUCAAGGAAGAGACGGUGAAAACAUGGGAGCAAUGGCUAACAAAGAGGAAAUUCAUGUACUUUUUAGCACGCCGGUUUCCAAUUCUUCUUCCUUUCUACUACCGUAGAUCUUUUCUCUCUGGUAAACUUGAUCAGCUCGAUCAGUGGAUGUCACUAUCAUUAGGUGAAAAGGAUAAACUUCUAAUCAAAGAUCCAACUUUCCAAGAAUUUUACCAAAGGAACGUUGAGGAAUCCGUCCGUCAAGGAAUCACAAAACCAUUUGUAGAAGAAGUCGUGUUGCAAGUAACGAAUUGGGGCUUUACUCUUUCUGAGUUCCGCACACAGAAGAAAUGUACAACCAAUGGUGUCCUUUCUUGGCUCAUGUCAAUGUACAGUGAAGCCGAAUGCGAACUUGUCGGAUUUCGGAAACCAAUUCACAUAUGGCAGGGAAUGGAGGAUCGGGUUGCUCCACCAUCGAUGAGUGACUACAUUAGCAGGAUGAUUCCGGAAGCAACUGUACAUAAGAUCCCAAACGAAGGUCAUUUCUCGUUCUUCUUUUUCUGCGAUGAGUGCCAUAGACAGAUUUUCUAUGCCUUAUUUGGAGAACCCAAAGGCCAGCUUGAGAAAGAGAAAGAAACAAAGGAAACUCUAGUCCAAACAGAGGCACAUAAGGGUGACUCUUAA